UGGGAAAUAUUUUGUGGCCAAGCUCUCACGCCUGGCUUGUCGCGGAGCAGGCCCGGGAGGGACGCGAGCCCUCUCGAGAGCCCUCGGCCCGGAGUGCGGCUCCGAGCGGACUCGCAAGGCGCCCUUCACAAGUAAAGGCACAAUGAAAACACUAACAGUGAAGACGCAGGACGCAGUAAUGAAUGCGACAUUCAACUUGGUGCAGAAGAGCCGCCUAGCCGCCUAGCCGUGGAGGAGUCGCUCUGUCAUGCCUCGAGGCAACCCUAUACUAAAUAUUGUACUUUUAAGAAAGUGUCGAAACUUGUGUUCCCGAUGACACGCGCACGAUUUGAUCAAAGAUUGUUAUAUUGUUAUAUAUAUACCACGGGUGUAAAUAAUAUAGUUCAUAAUGUGAGGCGUGUACAGUCCAUACCAUUACUUGCAACUUAUCCCCUGCGCCGCGCCCGCGCCGAUAUAUAUUAUAAUUGUACAUUCAAACAAAAUAAACCAGAAUAAGGGCGCCACCCGCGCCCUGAGGUGUCCAGGCAUCUCUAAUACCUCAUGGAGUACUAUAUAGUAUUAUUAGUACUAUAUUUUAUUUUGCUUGAAAAUACAGUUUGGAAUGAAAUCAACUAAGCGUGUAUGUGUUGCCGACCGAGAGGGCUGGUGGUCGUGGCGCCGACGACCGCCAGUCCGGCGUCCCGAGGGGGAGGGUGAUGGGAGAGAUGUGCUCCGCACUAAACGCUUCACUUUCCCCCCCUUGACUUUUCAUGAGUUUUGUCUCAUGCGAGGUUUGGACGUUGGUUGUUGAGAGACAGGAGGUUUUAGUCGGUUCGACUCCGACAUGCCCCGCCCUCCAUCCCCAGUGAAGGGCGGAAGUCCGGCGAUUUCCUCCUGACAAAAAAAAAAAAAAAAAGCGUGUAUGUGUGUAAUGAUCGUCGUACUGUAACAGAUAAGAGCGACCGAGCGACAAUGCGCAUGCCGAGCCGCCGCCGACUGUUCUACUCACAGUACUCACAGUACUCACAGUACUCACGAUACUCACAGUUCUGCUCGUAAUGCGAUACGAACUUGACACACUCGUGUGUACCUACACGAAACUUACACUACGAAGGAAUAACUCCGAUGGGCCGUAUGCUCGUUGAGCUCUCUACGCAAUAUAUGAAAAAAACGAAACGAUAAUAUAAUAGUAUCGUCACAGUGUAUUUCUCUUUCCUUUGUCGUAUCAGUGUUGUCAGAGCGGUCGUGAUCGUCAUUCAGUAUCAUUGCUGUGUGCAGACGUUAUGCGCCUCAGGAGCAAUCGCCACUUCUCCCGGCUUGUGGUGAGCUUUGUACCUGUAAACAACCGCCAACUGCCGACAGUGUAAUGAAUAUACAGUAUAGCAGUGAGCGGCCGCGGGCAAAAACAAAACAAAGACGAACAGAACGAUUCUUGGAGGCCAUUGAUUCGUUUGUACACCGGUGCGGUCGCGGGGCCCGGCUCGGCGUCCGCUCAGCCGUGACGACGCCGCGACGCCGAGUAGACAAACAACAGUACACGUUUAUUUAUCUUUUAAAAUAUUCAACAGGUCUGAUUGCUCCUUUUGCUACGUCGGGGAAUCCCAUAUAUGGAUAUCCGGUUGAUGGGGGAUCAGGCCGGGCUAUGUCGGACUCCAAACGGCUACCGACUAAACCCCAUCGAUCCGGGCCCCGUCACUGCUGCGGUUCACACUCGACUUUUGAAGCGAAACGAUUAAUUUUCCAUAUUCGUGAUCGGACCCGUGACCUCUGUCAAGCAACUGACACAUCCAUACAAUUAGUCAGACUAGAUAAUUCCGUUGAUGACGUUGACGCUAACAGAAGGCGCUACCGAACGUAGAGUCAGCAUCUCUCUCGGGUGUCCUGUUGUUGAUGUUCUACCGACUGGAUCGCUAAUCAGUACCUGACUGUCAUACACUGACACGAGCAGUGUGCGGCCCGGGGACCACAGCCGCAGUCUGGUCGUCGCUCUCUAGAGGCGUUACAUGACAUACAGUUGGUAGGUGGCGGAUGGUAGGUGUCUGUCUACAUAAAAAAAACCAGAGAGUUUUGUAGAGUCUCACCUUAUUACGAAGAAACAAUUCACUUCGCUUGCAAAUCAUGAGAUAGAGGCGUCCUAGUAUGAAAGGGAUCAACAUGUCAUCCUUCUGUCGAAGGUGACGCCUAGAUAUCUGACCUUCGAGGCCCACGGUAUGGGCUGGCUAAAAAGAGUAGUGGCGCUAACGGCGGAGGUGUUAACACGCCUAUUAACCCCUUUUGAAGGACACCGCUGUGCUUUUCGUGGGGUUGAUGUCAAUGCGCCACUGCCACUUCCGUAACGACUGUCCCAUGGUGGCUGCUGCGAUCUGGACUCGCCGAUGCAAUAGCGACUUCUUCUUACACGAGUAGUACAUAACCGUGUCAUCAGCGAAGAGCGCUAGAUAGGUCUCCGGGUAUAUUGUUGACAUUAUACAAGCAAAAUAAUAACCUUGCGGGACUCCGGCCGUCAGAUGAGGGAGGCGUGAACGAGUUCCCUCUACCCGACAUUGAAAUGAACGGGUCGACAAGAAGUCUCGUAUGAUGAGCACGAGUCUGGCAUUCCCAUGUUGUACAGUUUGUAAAUCAAACCGUUAUGCCAGACUUUGUCGAACGCCUUUGCGAUAUCGAAGAAGAGGGCUCCGGUCGGGAUGGGUUUCCGCCUAUUUAGCUCUAUUAGGAUGUGCUCCGUGAGGCGGUGCAGUUGUUGAACGCGCGAGUGCUUGGCGCGAGUGCUUGGCGCGGAACCUAGACUGCUCGUCGAUUAAUAAUUUCUUUUCGGUAAUGAAGUCCCAGAGGUGUUUCUGUGAAGGAGUCGUUCGUAUAUCUUGCCUAUCGCUGGGAGGAGACUAAUCAGACUGUAACUAGCGGUUUCAUUUUUCGGUUUGCCCGGCUUAUGUAUACCGAUAACGUUCGCUUCUUUCCACACCGCGGGAAAGAUACAGUUCGUCAUAGCGACAUUUAAAAUGGUAGCUAACAUUGCUAUCAGUUGGACUGGUAAAACGCGACUUUAGCGCACGAUUGCGGAAGCCAUCGGAGCCGGGCGCCUUCCUAUCGGCCAGCAACUCUGCCUUGUCAUCGUCAUCGUAAGCCGGUGGUUGGCCUGAAGGGCGUACGAGGGGAGGCAUAGUAACGAUAGUUUCGGACUUGAGAAUCCUAGCUAGUCGCCAGUAUGCUUGGUGAGUUAGCGUGAGUUCUUCUGAAUAGGCUAUAACAAUCAAAAACCGUUAAUAGACACAUCGGUUUGUGUAACCGUAGCGGCGACUCUUUGAUCUCCACGCGCCCGCGCACAUCGCACGCGGCGCCUUUGAUCUCGCUCUUCACAAACACGACUCGACGCAGUGACGUAGUGACGUACAUCUUACUUUAGUUAUAAAUAGUUGACUGCGGAAUAACACAUUAUUUUCUCGCCGGAUCUUCUCAGUGAGUCGCCUUUCCGAUCCCGUGAUAAAUUCUGCAAAGCACGGCUCUUGCUAGGGUUCGUGCUAGCAACGUCAUCAGAUUUGAACCCCGUGACCUACCUACUAGUUAAGGUUACGCUGAUAUGGUCUCUCUAGACCAUCAGCUUAGGUAGGAAAAACUCCGUAUUGACAACUCCGUAAUAAUAUACAUGACUAAGUACGGCCGGUAUUCCCUAUGUACACAUUUCAACGACAAUCCGUUUUGACAACGCGAUGAGCUGGAUCAGAUCUCAGGUACAUAACCUUUGUAACCGUUUGUAAAGAGCAACAGCAGAGUUCGAUUGUAUUGUGUUUCGCCGCGCAACGAAGAGGGACUCGGGAUGAUGCUGCGGAGAUUCGUCUUAUUCAAAGCCACUUCGUCCGCACGUAUCUACCUCUGUGCGGAAAUAGAUUACAUAGAUAAUAUGUUUUUGUCGGUAUGGAGUGGAGUAGUGCCCCCUACACCGCCUACUCUCACCUAAACUCUCUAAUAUAACAUAAACAAUAGCUUGUUAGAACGAAAUGAUGCAAAAUAAUAAAUAGUAAAGGGUAGUAUUAAUAUGUAGUAGUAGUAAUCCGGUAAUCCGGUGCGCUGUACGGAGUGAAGGACGGUUCGGGUCGGAGGCAGCCUCGCCGGACUCCACGCGCUGCUCCAGACGAGCGCUGUCGGUGGAUGCUUUCGAUCCUACAUAUUGUGUAUACAAGUACAUUCAUUGACAGUAUCCACUAACAAUGCAACUAUGUACCUACUUACAUCAUGUGAACCGUAUCCCAACGACAGAACAACCAUCGCUCGUGCUAUGAGGAUCAACUUAAACUGGUAUACGUGCAAUUCGUUUGAGAAUGUUUACUUUGGCUGGCCCAUUCAGAUGUUCGAUUCUAAGAAUUACUUGUUUGCCGCCCCGAGGUCCUCCGAGCGAGCGAGCCAGCCAGCCGACCAGCCGGCCUGACCUGCGGCUCCGUCUUCCAACGACGGUGUCGAGGGUUUGCGUUGGUGGCGGUUGCGUUGGAAAAUGUUCAGUACUGAAAUUAUUCAGUAAGUAUGAAAUAGACUAUAGUGAUGAAAUAAGUUCUCAUCACGAACGGGUUUGACGUGUGCGCGUGCGGUACAGCAUGGGCACAGAGCGAGUUGAGUAGGUUGUAGGUAUCUAUAACGUUCCUCCCAAACUAAUUAAAAUGAACAAUGUUUAUGAGCACGACACCGACACGCUAUCGUUUCAAUCAACUUCAAAAAUAACUUUAGUUGAACUAUAAUUCGUUCGAAUGAUUUAUUUACAAGAGUCUCGACUCGACUCGAGCCGGCGCGGCAGCGCGCGGCGAGCCCGACGAGCCCGACGAGCGACAACAAAAGCCGGCGAGCGACAAAAAACUAAUUAGGGGCCGGCCGAGAAUAUCCCAGUGAUCUCACACGAGAUGUCCCUUUGAUCUCACGAAGACGCGACGCUGAUAUUACAGACUUGAGACGCUUUUGGUGGAGCGACAGUAGACACCCACUUCGCUAUCCUGUGUCCUGCCAAGUCCUGCGCCGUGGACGCAGCGCCGCGGAGCCAGCUCGCUGAGAUUACCGGAUGGAUGAAAUGGAAAAUUUAAUUCAAUAAAAUAAAAUUAAUCCUCAUCAGCUAUAAAAUUCUAAAAUAUUUGUGGAGGAACAAACACAACACAGAAAAGUAUUCACAUUGAACAUCUUCAGUUCCUAAAUUGCUUAUAAAUAUUUUUCUGUUUGUAGGAACUAUUAACUUUAUUUCAUUUUUAUUUCUUAAUACAGUACUUUGAUAGACGUUCCUGAUUUAAUUACUCAAAAAAAAAUGUUUUUUGGGAAUUUAUUUAUAUACCUUUUCCUUAUUUACUAUCCCGUACCUAAUCGUUGGUAGCUUAAGGGGCUAUUCCAACUUCGGGCGGACCGGUCCGUGAGCUCACGAGUUCAACCUGAGGGAUCUGCUAACACUGGACCAUCAAGAGCAGUGCUUCGCUGGAACUACUACCGGAUCGGAAUUGCGACCCACUGAGAAGAUCCGGGGAGAAACUCAGUGGGUCGUGUCUAUGGGCUAGGUCGGUGUAUGACAAGUUACUGCGGACUUGACUAGUGUUCAGGCGUCGCUCGUGUACUGCUCAAGCGGCUCGGAGUGGAGCGCGGGGCGGGGCUGGCCAGCAGCGCACGGCACAGCGGCCGUCUCAUCCUCUGCCUCACCACUUCUAUUCACGCUCGUAGUUGUUUUCCUAAUUGCACACUAAACACUUCCCCCCUCCCCCCCCCGCACUCCACCGCGCCCGCCGCGAGCUCUUGCCGCAAGCACGGCAAUUAUCUCAGAACAAAGACAGCGCGCCCGACUACGAAUCCGGUUUUUUUGUGAACAUUUAAGCGAAUUAUACAUCGGUGACUCUGUUACUUCGUUAUGAUAAUAACAUUGACAAUGGGCAUGUACUUCGGUGCCUCAUUCCCCGCUAAUUCUGACGACGUACAGACGGUACAUAAUUUAACAUUUAGUGACAAUUCACAACUGUAAUGAGAACCAGCGUUGGAAAACACCUUCAAGAUAUAUAUUGAUAUUACGAAUGUCACCGUUCAGCGACAUCUUGGGCAGUGGGUGCUCGCUCCACGCUCGCUUCUUGUUGUGCUCGGCCUUCGCCCCACUGUGCUCGGAGGAGGUGUCGGGUUCCGUGAGCGCCUGCCGGGCGCUUUGCGAGACUGUCGCUGAUGACUGCAAGGAACAGAUAAAGAUACUGUCGCCGACGGUGAUGCUGGACUGCUCUGCUUUCCCGCUCCGAGCCAACCGAAAGCUGUGCAUGCGGCCCCCCAACGCCAGCGAAGCCGAGCCCGAGCCGGCGCCCCCUUCCCGAUGGCCCUUCCGCGAGCACGAGCCGCGCGCUGGGGGCUGUGCGCCGGGCCGGGCCCGCGCGCCCGCCGGCCAGUGCUGGCCCGCCUGCGGCCAGGAUGCCGACUACACGCGCGAGGAUAAGCGGACCGUGGACAUCUGGAUGAGUGCGCUCGCGUGGGCUUCGCUGCUGUCGACGUCGUUCGGUCUACUGACGUUCUGCGCGGAGCCCGGGCGGUACCGCUACCCGGAGCGGCCGGCCGUGUGGACGGCGGCGUGCCACGGCGCGGUGGCGCUGGCGCACGUGGCGCGCGGCUGGCUGGGCGCGGAGGCCGUGUCGUGCGCCGGCGCCACGCUGGCCGUGGACGGGCUGGGGGCGCCGGCGUGCGUCGCCUUCUUCGUACUCACGUACUACUUCACGCUGGCGGCGGACGCAUGGUUCGCAAACGCGGCCGUCGCGUGGUAUCUGACAGCCGCCAGCGAGUGGUCGACGGAGGCGCUGGAGCGGGCCGCCGCCUACCUGCACGCGGGCGCGUGGGGCUGGGCGGGCGCGUGGACGGCGGCGACGCUGGCCCUGCGGCGAGUGUCGGCGGACGAGCUGUCGGGCACGUGCGGCGUGGCGGAGGGUGCGACGGCGGCGCUGGUGGGCGUGCCACGGUGUGCCCUGCUGGUGACGGCGGCUGCGCUGGCGGCGGGGGCGGCGCCGGGCCUGGCGCGGGUGCGGCGGGCGCUGGACGCGGCCGGCUCGAGGCGCGUGGGUCGGCUGGCGGCGCGCGCUGGAGCGGCGGGUCUGGGGUACCUGGUGCUGGCGGCGGCGGGCACUGCGGCGCGCGUGUGGGGCGCGGGCGCGGCGUGGCGCGGCGUGUGGCUGUGCUGCGGCGUGGCGGCGGGGUCGUGGGCGUGGUCGCGCAAGUCUGCGGCGGUGUGGCGGCGCGCGCUGUGCCCGCCCCGCAAGGCGCCGUGCUGUGCGCCGCCGCUGCUGCGGGCGCCCCCGGGCUGCAAGCGGCCGCCCGUGUCCCGGGUGUGAGCGCGCGCGUGUGUGCGUGUGCGUGUGUGACUGUGUGCGGACUCGUGUGGGAGCGCAGUGUCAUUGCCUUCUGUGAAGGCGUUCUCGAUGUCGCUUGUAAAUAAUGUAAUUUUUGUAAUAAUAUACGGUUUGUUUUAAAUAUACAAAA